CUAUUGGUAUGACAUUUCUUCAGUUCAAACAACCGUUUUUAUUUUUCAGCUGUUUUGAGGUUUUUGGUUUUGGCGGUUCCGAAAAAGAGGUUAGAAUGUCGUUGUAGUAUUUUAUUUAUUUUUAACAUGUACAUAGAGGAUUUAAAAACUGAUUUCUAUGAGUUUCUAACAGGAAAGAGGAUUUUUCUUAUGAUCCACUAUGAUAUAGACAGCAUCUGUACGUGUAAAAUUUUACAAUCGCUACUGAAAUACAAGCACAUACUAUACACAUUAGCCGUUAUACGAGGUAUCGAAGACUUGAAAACAGCCUAUCGGGAGAAUUGCAAUGAUGUGAAGUACUUUAUACUAAUAAAUUGUGGCGGGACCAUAGACAUAGUAGAGGAAUUGGAAGCGGAAGACGACGUGAUCUUUUUUAUUCUGGAUAGUCACAAACCCACAGACUUGUGCAAUAUAUACAGUAUUACACAAGUUCGAUUAUUGAUGUCUCCAGAAGAUGAUUCUUUGGUACCCGAUUUUCAUGACGUGUUUAGAGAAGAGUCCGAUGAGGACACUGAAGGAGACGACGAAGACAGUGAGGAUGGAGAGAGCCAAGUUGCUAAACGUAGAAGGAUGGAUGAAGCGGCAAUAAACAAAAGACGAGAAAAAAGACUGUGGGAAGACAAUAAGAAAAAAUUAAUGUUUGAUUAUUCUCAGUUCACUUAUUAUACGAGAGCCAGUGCAAUAUACAUGUUCGAUUUGGCUUGGAAGCUAAACAGGGACGAUAAAGAGUCGCUAUGGCUGACAAUCGUAGCUCUCACGGAGCAAAUGCUUCUAGGAAAAAUUGAAAACACCCAAUACACCCUAGAAAUGGGCACGUUACAGAGCCACGCUACUAGGUUACACAAUAAAACGAGCGAUACUGACGUUUUGACAUCACUUAAAAUUACUUUCGAGAGAGACUUGAGGCUGUGCCUCUACAGGCACUGGACGGUGGAAUCUAGCCUUAAAUAUUCCAUGUUUACAGCUGUCAAGUUAAAACUGUGGUCACUAAAAGGCGACAAGCGGCUACACGAGCUGUUGGCGGAUAUGGGAUUCCCGUUAGUUCAGAGCCGUCAAGCAUUCAGAACGAUGGACUUGCAACUCAGGAAAGAAUUUCACAGUACACUCGAGAGGCUGUCUGAGAAAUACGGACUGCAGGACAUCUCAUACGUGUCGUUCACGUUACAGUACGGUUACAGGAACAAAUAUUGUGCGUCGGAUAUCGUCUUUGCUCUCUUGGCAAUUCUGGAAGCAUCACCUAGGGGUAAAAACCCCGAUGAACUGUUCAACUUGGCCCUGGACUGCCUUUCGAGGAACAAAAAGGAAGUGAUCGACAACGCGAUAGAAAGGGCCAAAUUAAUAAUGAAAACCCUGUUUAAAACGGUCCAAAGUGCCUUGGACAUGAAGCAGAUUAUCAUAGCGGGACCCUUCAUCUAUUACAUCAUCCAAGAGGGUUGUCUGGAUUGGUAUAUGUUUUCUCACCCGCAUAUUUUGUUACUUUUGGCGCAUUUUGUAUUAAAGGCGUACGUGGCGAUGUCCAGGAAGUCGAAAGCUUCGACUUUGCCGCUCGUCUUGUCAGCACCCAAGAAUAUCGAUGGAGGCACUUGUAUAUUACUUGGAAUACCGCCUCUCUGCGAAAAUUCCCCCAAAAAUUUUUUCGGAAAGGCGUUUGCACAGGCAGCAGAGAGAAUAAACUGUGAUGCCAGUUGUGAUUUUUUCGAUACGUCUUAUUUCGAGAUACACGUAAAGGACAGAACAAGAUUUUUCGAUGCCCUAACGGCCUUAUUAAGUUGAUAUCUAUUAGUAGUACAAAUAAUUCUACAGAUCGAUUUGUAUAUAAUUAUGGUUUCCAAUUAUUUAUUCAUUCCCUUGUAAAUAUAUAUUUUUACUGUGUAAAACGCGUAAUUGUACGAUUGAAUUUAUUUUUCCUUAAUAAAUUUUAACACU